UCACGAGGAGAAGCCCGGAUACAAGCGCUGCAAUUGGCAGUGUCUAGCCUCUCUCAUUUCUGCGAGCAAGUAUAGCAGGCAAACAUCGGCGCCCUCUCCUCGGACAGACACGUGCAGCGCAUAGCAUCGCAUGUAACCGGAACCGCGAGCGUAGAGUAGGUAGACUAUGUCCCAUGGACCGCCGUCGGUUACAUUUACAACGCAGAGAAGACUCUCUUGGCAAAAUGUCUUUGACGCCACCCCGCAUACACACACCCACGGUUCGCACAGGGUGCCUCAGGCUCAGGCCACACCGGGCGCGCCUCCGACCCGCGCUGUUGAGCGCCCCGCGCGCCCGUUAGGCCCGCAGCGGUCGAGGCAUCUCGAACGCGCGCAUUGUUUCAUCCAAGUCCGCUUGCAUUCCGGUGUGCAGCGCCAGCUUGCGCGUUUGGUCUGCAACCCAAGGACCCGGGAUGCAACAUCGAUUCGCUCGGUCCCUCUGCGCCGCGCUGCAUUCCGGCGCGCGGGCCUGCACGUCACGCCUCGUACUUUCUGCUCCUGGGGCGCGCACCUCAAGAUACUGAGAUACCGCCAGGUACAAGCGCGUCGCGCCGUGGACCUUUCUGCCAGAGGGAAUGCGCUUGGCGCAUACGCGUUACUGCACCUACACCAGACACAAACCAGCGAAGCCUCGCCGCGCGAGGGGUCCGGUGGGGGGCCGGUCUUGCAGUCUGGUGGUCGCUGGCGCCGAGCUGGGCGUGGUUCAUGCGGAGGCGUUAGUCGUGCCUUUAGCGGUCGUGAUUCCCGGGGCGUUGUUUUAGCGUGCUGGCGCGAACGUUUCGAUGCUGUGGAGGAAACUUGUUUGGACGCGGGGAGAGCGUGCUUGGAGAACGAGCAUUGCGCUGCGAGAUGCGUGGUACGGGGACAGCGCUGCGGUGUUACUGAUGCGCCAAGUCGGAUGUGCAGUGGGCAGAGAGGGCACACGAAGCUUAUUUAGACCCUCGUGUGGAGGCCGAGACAAGCAGAUUGCGACACCUGAUAAACAAAAGAAUUAAGGAUGCUUGUGCAACACCUUUCGGUGCCAAUGUGAUGUAUUUUGAUCAUGCUGGGGCAGCUAUCUAUACAAGACCGACAUGCAUCCCGUUCGUGAAUACAUAUUAAGGGAGCAUACAGUCGUUCCAAACCCAUCAUGAAUCCCGAUGAGCGAUCCCUAUCCGUAAAAAGCCCCGGGAAUAAU